CUCAUUGGGCGAAGCUGGGCGAUGCUGUUUGCCAGUGGAGGCUUCAAGGUGAAACUUUAUGACAUUGAGCAAGAGCAGAUAACAAAUGCCCUGGAAAACAUCAGGAAGGAGAUGGAGGUGCUGGAGCAGUCAGGUGCCCUGAAAGGCUCGCUGGGUGCCCAAGAACAGCUGUCUCUCAUCAAUGGCUGCUGUGACAUGCAGGAAGCAGUAGAGGGUGCCAUGCACAUUCAGGAAUGUGUUCCCGAAAACCUAGAAUUGAAGAAGAAGAUUUUUGCCCAGUUGGAUCACAUCGUUGAUGAUAAAGUUGUCAUAAGCAGCUCAAGCUCUUGCCUCUUGCCUUCCAAGCUGUUUGCUGGUUUGACGCAUGUAAAGCAAUGCAUUGUGGCUCAUCCUGUAAAUCCACCCUACUACAUCCCAUUGGUGGAACUAAUUCCGCACCCGGAAACGGACCCUUCAACCAUGGACAGAACACACGCCCUAAUGAAGAAGAUUGGGCAAUCUCCGGUCAGAAUUCUGAAGGAAGUCGAUGGCUUCGCCCUGAACCGUCUCCAGUACGCCAUCAUCGCUGAGGCCUGGAGGCUUGUGGACGAUGGAGUAGUAUCUCCCAGUGACCUGGACCUUGUCAUGUCAGACGGAUUGGGGAUGCGGUAUGCGUUCAUCGGGCCCCUGGAGACAAUGCAUCUUAACGCAGACGGCAUGUUGAGCUACUGUGACAGAUACAGUGAAGGCAUGAGACGUGUCCUGAAGACUUUUGGACCCAUCCCAGAGUUUUCUGGGGCAGCGGUUCAAAAAGUUAAUCAGGCUAUGUGUGAGAAGAUUCCUGAUGACCCCAAGCACUUGGCUGCCAGAAGGAAGUGGCGGGAUGAAUGCCUCCUGAGACUCUCCAAGCUGAAACGUGAGAUGCCAUCUGAGUGA